UUACAGGUGUAGUAUCGCUUUUUCUUCACACUCUGAGGCGCAUUUGUGGUUCACAAAGGAAAAAAAGCCCCAUCCGGUGAAUGGGAAUAAACGAGAAAACCAUUAUUUAAGACUCAUGAUCUACCAACUUGGUUAUUUUCCUAGAACUAUUGCCUAUUGAUCGUUCCUACAACAUUAAAACCAAAAGAGCAGCAAAGCUCCUCUAAUACGUACGGGGAAUUUUGGCAAAAUAAUCGUGUCGCGCAAACAUCAGACAGCGUGGGUUACUGGUUCCGAGGAUAAAACAAGUCCUAGGGAUAGGAAAGACUGUGUUUUAAAGUUACAGCCUUACACCUUCGUUCUCACGGACCAAAAUGGUGGCUUUUCGAACAUUAAAAGAGUUGCUGCUUGGCGAAUCCUUAGCCUUUGUCCUAAGGGAAAGCGUCUUCGGAUACUUGCUGCCACUGUGGUACAAAGAUGCCUUCAGGCACUUGACAAACCUCUCUGAUUUUUCUCCUCGAGCUUGUUUCUCGAUGAACCGCAACUUUCUUACGAAAUUAUUGGCAGCGGCAACUAUUAUCCUAGGAACGCUCAUUGUGAGAGCUACGUUAAACGAGGAUCUUUCUCCGGACGAUGACGACAUUUUGCGCAGUAUUUCCCAUAAGAUUCAUCAGGUCCAGAGAGAACGGGCUGAUUUUUAACCAGACCAGAGGAUUAAUUGAGGCGUACUUUGGUAAUUACGCAACAGUGAAAUCUAUGGCUGAGACCUCAAUGGUUCGUCUUGUAGCGGUGUACACGCGUACAAAAUUCUCAUCCGAUAGACGGACAAGUCGUUAUUUUAUAAUAUAUCUUUCUCUUCCAGAUAUGAACUAAAUUGGAGGUAAUUACGCAAUAGUGAAAUUUAAAGCUGGGACCUCGAGCUCCCACCGGGCUCACUACAACUUAAAGAAUAUACA